AUGUCGCAACCACUUUCUGCUGCAAACUCUACCGCCGACCCAGCCCUGGUGUCCGUGUUGACACGUGCGCUGCAGGAUAAGCAGCGCGAGGUCGACGAACUCCAGGAACGUCUUCGUGCUGUAGAGGGCUACGCGCGCGACGAGCCCAUGCCAGAGGCGGCAAUGGAGGGAGUGGAGGCACCGUUGCCAGUGCCUGAGGAGCUGCGUAGUCGGUCGCCGACGCAGUCUGCAUCCGAGUCCGGGAGAUCGUCCCCAACGCUCUCCGAUGCCAGCGCCCGCAGCUACGACCUGCCCCCGUUCGCCGACCAUUGGCACCAUAAUUAUUUCGGUCUCUACUACCCGGACCGGCGCUUCUGUGAUUACGCUGGUCUGCCUCCGCUGGUGAUGUCCGUCAGGCCGCCGCCUUACGCGUACUACGAAUUCCAGUUGUAUAAGGAUGACUACCCGGAGCUGGUGCCUGAGCUCAAGGCUGAGUCCGUCUCGGAGGGCAGUGUUGAAGGAGACGCAGCGGAUGAGUAA